GUGUAUGGAGAACGAGCUGGAGAGGGAGUCAGUAUUGGUAUAAAGACGUUGGAAAGUUAUUCGCUUCCAGUUUCUUGUUUUUGGAUUUAUUGUGGAGAUGAAGUUUCUCCUCAGAGCUCUGAGUGCUCUGCUCUGCUUCUUGUUGUCCUCCUCAAACACACUGGAUCCUGCUGGGAAGAACGUCUGCCACAAUACCAGGGAUCCCUCCACCCUGGUCUGCUGCACUGGAUGGCGUCAAGAAGGAAAAGAGUGCACAAUACCUAUAUGUGAGGGAGAGCAGGCCUGCCAAAAGGAUGAGAUCUGUGUGUACCCUGGAGUGUGUCGCUGCCCACCUGGUUACUUUGGAGCUCAGUGCAAAACACGCUGCCCUCCUGAGUUCUGGGCCUCAGACUGUCGCCAGGUGUGUCCGUGCCAUCCACACGGCCGCUGUCACCCUGCCACAGGUGAGUGCACCUGCAAUCAAAACCGCUGGGGUCCUUUGUGCCAGUACGCCUGCAAGUGUGCCCGGCACGGCCACUGCAACCCCAUCUAUGGAAACUGCAGCUGCGAUGAGGGCUGGUGGACGUCCACCUGCUCCAAACCGUGUCAGUGCAACAUUGCAGGAUCUAUGGGCCUUGGCUGUGACCAGCUAACAGGCCGGUGUAAGUGCCACAGGGGCCACUGGGGGCUGAAAUGUCCCGUCCCCUGUAAGUGCUACUUGUCGUCAUGUAAUCAGCGUAAUGGUUUGUGUGAGUGUGAGUCAGAGUGGUGGGGAACCAGCUGUGACCGGCGGUGUAACUGCGACCUCACAAACAGCCGCUGUGACCCAGCAAAUGGGCAGUGUGUGUGCCAUCCAGGGUUCAAAGGUCAAUUCUGCAACCAGCCCUGUGAGGCGGGGGAAUACGGCAGCGGUUGUACAGGGAGCUGUGGUUUCUGUAAGGACAAACAGCGGUGCUCUGCAACUGAUGGAGCGUGUGAAGGAUGUGAACCUGGCUGGAAUGGCACAAGAUGUGACCACCCAUGCCUGCCUGGUAACUACGGUGACAGCUGCAAGGAGAAGUGUCCAAGGUGCAGAAGUAAUGAACCAUGUGACCCAAAAACUGGGAAAUGUUGGAGGUGUGACCCUGGAUGGACUGGACCAAGGUGUGAGGAGGCUUGCCCUAACAGGACGUUUGGAGAAGCCUGCAGCUUCCUGUGUAGCCCUUGUUUCCAUGGUAACUGCCAUCACGUGACAGGAAGAUGUGUCUGUGAGCCCGGCUUUCAGGGAGAGAGCUGUAACAGCAGCUGCCCUGCCCUUCAGUUUGGGAUCAACUGCUCUGCUGCCUGUGACUGCGGGGAGGGUGUUAUGUGUCACCAAGUCACUGGUGUCUGCCCAAACAGUGUCAGAGGCUCUGUACUGGCAGGUGUGUUAGUUCCUUUGCUCCUGCUCCUCCUGGCUGUGCUCUUCUGCUGUCUGUGUUGUGGAGGAGGCCCUAUUGAUGACAAAGACAGGGUGACAGUGGCUCAAGGAGGUUGGUCAGCCCGGAUGAAAUACCACGUCUACAGCGUCCUGGCUAACAUCGGAGCUGCUCUCCCCUGUAUCUCUAAUUGGUCAUCUGGACUGCCUCGGGUCACUGUGUCUCACCAUGACCCCGAGCUCACCUUCAAUCACAGCUUCAUUGAGCCUCCAUCCUCUGGCUGGGUAACAGAGGGGUCCUCCUUUGACAGUGAUGAGGAGGAGGGAGAAGCACUCUACUGUGUGCCUCCAAGAGAAGACAUCCCUGCAGUGGCAGGUGGAGAGUUUCAGGAGAUGAGCUCAAAGUGCAACAUGUUCUUAGACCCAUCUGGCUUCAGCAGCGAGGACAUCACUUCCCCAUUCAACAUCCCUCGCACCUCCAGUAUUGCCAAAGCCAAGCGGCCGUCUGUCUCCUUUGCUGAAGGAACCCGCUUCAGCCCAAAGGAGAGGCGCGGCUCGGCUCAGGAACCAGGUGCUCUUUCAGUAUUCCAACGCAACAAACCUAAGUCACCUUGGGGGGUUUUGAUGCUGUCUGCCCUCCAGAAUCAGGGAGAUGCUGCUAGUGAGGAAGAGGAAGGAGCUGAGGGAGAGGAGAGGGAGGAUGAAGUGGACAUACAGGACACAGAGAAUCAGGAAUCAAGCUGUGAGGUGUCCACACUGCAUGUACCUGGAGCAUCAGGAAGAAGACGAACGAUGUCCAACACAGCUGCUCACAAAGGGACUCAGCAGCCUACAUUGGCACCUGAUGCUCAGGCAGGGGUCUCAAAUAAGGUCACCACAGUGUACGUGACAGUGGGUAAAGCGGGAAGGCCAGUGUCAAAAACUGAAUCCAGCUCUGAAGGCCCCGUUCAGGCCAUGCUGCGACGACUUGGCAGCCUGCAGAGACAGAGGGAGCAGGAGUCCAGCAAGACCAAGCCAAAGACUACUGAAGGGAUCAUCAAACCACCGAGGAAGAAGCUCGGAGUUCGGGCCAGCGUCUGGGAGCAGGGAGGCCCGUCCGCAGGGGAGGUGGGCAUCUGUAAACCAAUCAGGAGAAAGCAUGCUGCCCUCAACCCUCCUGAUACAGCAAGUGCUACUGAUGCACCUUCAUCAGAGGCUGGCACCCCCAGGAGACCUCUGUCGUCUAUUUUGAAAAGUGUGCCAGAGAUGGGUUCAGCAGAGUCAGGGUCAGAUCAGAGGGCUGACAGAGACCUCAGGCAGGGUGUAGACCCCUGUACAGGAAACAGUGAAGUCACCUACUUGACUGUGGGACCAGCAGGAGAUGCUGUAAGCCUCACCGAGGUCAUCGCCAAUGAGGCUGCGGUGGACAGGGGGAGCGAUGAACCCUGCUAUGAAAACAUCUGUAUCAAACACACAUAACCUCUCAGGAACUUACAUCAGCCGGUCUGAUCCAAACACUGCGUAUAUUUUUUUCUACAGUCCUAACACUUGCAGUAUAAAACAUAGACCUCGUCACAUUGACAUCACCCAUUGGUUUCAGAAGAGGUGUUCUUAAACCCAAAAAUUAAACUUGCCAUAUUGGGAAUGUUGACUCCAACUAACUUCUGACUGCUCUAAAAACAAAGAGCUGAAGUUGAGACUUCGUCCUCCUGGCAAACAGAUACAGUGCACACAUCUAUCAGUCAAAACAGACACAACCAUACACCUAUCCUUAAAAUACUCAAAAAGGAGGAGUAAUGAAAAUAAUCACCCCCCACACAGAUUUAAAAAAUACUGAACUUAGCUUAAAAAGAGCCAUGCUGUUUUUAUGUACCAGACUGAUGUAAAAAUUGGCAUUUUAAUGGGGACUCCUUAGCUUGGUGCUUGAAGACAGCCUCAAGUGGACACUUGUGGAACUGCAAUGUUUUGCACUUCAUUUUUGGCAUCACUUUUCAACGCUGGAGGUUGUCACUUCAGUUUAUGUCGUAAACACUGUAUACAUACUAGCACUAAUUUUCAAUUACUCAGGCCUGUGUCAGUUUCUCUACUUAUUGGCUCUCCCCCACAUAAUGACUGGAGAAUAUGAGCUGAUGUAGUGCCCAUGUUUUAUUUGUCAUGGACAUACAAGUCAAAACAUGAGCACAACAAGCUGUCACACUUUCAAAUGUGACUGAAUUAGUGCAAAGUGCAUUUCUUAGAUAGGUAGAUUAGAGAUUCAAAAAGUAUAAAGCCACAGAUGUAGAAAUGUUUUCAUAUCUACACCCUGAACUGCAAUUUGGGGAUUUUUUCCCCAUUACUUAAAAGAACAUCUGUUAAACUGUACGUCAUGAUUGAGCAUAGAACCUGUAUCAUGUUCUAAAUGUUUUGUAUUUUUCUAUAUACUGUAUAGAUGCUCACAAUUGAUACAUAAAAAUAUAUAAUUUGUUGAAA